UAAUGUUACUCACUUCGCUUAUCAUUUCCGCCGCGUCCUAUCCAUCAGUGGGAACUGACACUUCCCAUUAGCAAGCUCAUUUAUCCAACUAACCAAAAACAGGGAGGCAAGCCGGGGUUGUGAGCGUGGAAAGGGGAUGGUGUGGUGUGUAUUGCUCGUUUCCAAUCUUAUAGUAGCAUGGGAGAACCCGCGUAUCAUUUCGGGUUUGGAGCCGAGCGCAACACCAUUUUCCCUCCGGGCGUCCACGCGCUUCUGUGCAUAUGUUAACCGAGCACAAGUGAACUAUUACCCACCUCCACUAGUCCACCAGUUGUCAGGCGGACUCUUUGAUCCCGCUCGACGAUUCUUCCACACUCCCCACCUCGUUCCAUCCAAAUUCGAGCCAACCGGUUGUGUCCAAGAAUACUAUCGGCAACACACCUCGUCCGUUCCUUCGGUAUCCGGUAUGGUACGAACGAUCGGCUGCUGACAACAUACGCAAUGCUUGCAACACCUCUCAAGGCGCCCGCGCUCUACUUCCUUAUCAACUAUCUUCUUUUGAUAAUAUUGCUCCGCUUUCCCAUCUCAGAAUCCGCCUAGGACGUAUGACGAAUUCGCUGCAUGCAACCCUGGAAGUGCACACGUACAAUGCAAAGAAAUGAGGGAUGCGAGUAUGCAAACGGAGUGGAAGCAGCCGAUAGCCUUUUCUCAGAUAACUCGACACCCACAUCCGAAAGGAGCCAUAGACAAUUCCUGGUUUACCUUUUACGUAAGGGGACCUAGAGAUAGCGACAAUGCUGAGACACCGAGCCAAAGAUAAUGUGAUCG